AUGGAUUUUUCUGAGUUUUUGCAGCAAUACAUUUCUGAGCCGGAAACUCAGAAUGUUGAAGAAUGUAUUGUUGAUGUGAAAGAAGUGAAGACAAGCAGUGAACUUCAACUUUCAAAAAAUAAACAAAAGAAAAAAAAAAUUGAAUUUUCUUCGGAGGAAAAAAAGAAACUGGCUUCGUUGGUCGAAACCAGUGAAGCCAUUUGGAAGUUGGAGCAUAGCCUUCACAAAAAUAAUUCCGCCGUUGCGAGCCUCUGGAGCAAUAUAGCUGCAGAAAUGAAUAAACCAGUUGAAGAUUGCAAGGCAAUGUGGCGUUCCUUACGUGAUAGCAUGCGCUACCACGUCACAAGCAGGAACAAGAGGAAGUCGGGUAGUGAGGCCGAUCUUGGCGUUCCAGAAGGCGAGACAUUACAGGAAGAAUCCCAGGAGAUAGACUGGGAAUUCGCAAAAAGUAUGUCCUUCUUGACGCCCCUGUCGUCGCAAAAAAGAAGACGAACAUUUACAAAUAGUGCUGGAACUGAUGAUUCUCAAGGGGAUGUUUUCGCAACAACAUCAGCACAGAGCUCAAACUAUGCCUGGGGAUAUUGUAGAAGAUAUCAAUAUUAGAUUCAUAUGCAUCAUCAAUGAGGAAAUUAAGAAGUAUAAAAGGGGCAAUAGUGGCCAGUAAAAUAGAAUAUAUGUAAUGUUUAAAAAUAUUUAUAUGGCAAGUUUGCAAUUAA